UGUUAUAUAUACGCUAAGGAGGCGUGUGGUUACGCUCCACUCUGCUAACGUCGCUUUUGGCCGACUGAAAACAACCCGAGUGUGUGUUGGCGAUUAGUAAAACAGCAGCCGUGCCCCGCCGCGCCCCCACCCCUAGCGGAGCCGUCAUGUGGCAGGAGGCCCGCAAACACGAGCGCAAGCUCCGUGGCAUGAUGGUAGACUACAAACGGCGAGGCGAGCGCCGGCGAGAGUACUACGAGAAGAUAAAAAAAGAUCCUGCUCAGUUUCUUCAAGUUCAUGGUCGAGCCUACAAGAUCCACCUGGAUCCAGCUGUGGCACUGGCUGCAGAGAGCCCUGCAAACAUGAUGCCUUGGCAAGGAGAUGCCAACAACAUGAUUGACAGGUUUGAUGUAAGGGCUCACCUGGACUACAUCCCCACCUACACUCCACCUCUGCUCACCACAUCCACUCCAGAGCAGGAGAUGGAGGAGAGAAAGUGUAACUAUGAGCGCUACAGAGGCCUUGUACAGAAUGACUUUGCCAACAUCUCUGAGGAGCAGUGUUUAUACCAGAUCUACCUGGAUGAGCUCUAUGGUGGUCUGCCCAAACCAAACGAGGAUGAGAAGAAAAAACUGGCUGAGAAGAAGGCCACCAUUGGUUACACGUAUGAGGACAGCACUGUAGCAGAGCCUGAGCCCCAGUCAGACAAGGAGGAAGACAAUUCAGAAAACAGUGAAUCCGAAGAUGACGAAGGCAUUCCAGAUAUCGAUGUGGAGGUUGAUGUUGAUGAGCUGAACCAGGAGCAGGUGAUGGACCUGAACAAAAUGGCAACGCCAUAUGGAAUGGCUGAAGGAGACUUUGUCAGGAUGUUGAGGAAAGACAAGGAAGAAGUGGAGGCCAUCAAACAUGCCAAAGCUCUGGAGGCGGAGAAGGCCAUGUAUUCUGGCCGUCGCUCUCGUAGACAGAGGAGGGAGUUUAGAGAGAAGAGGCUAAAAGGAAGACAAAUCAGCCCUCCGAGCUACGCCAGGAGAGACAGUCCAACAUAUGAUCCUUAUAAACGGCCAGAGUCAGAGUCCAGCUCUGAGUCACGCUCACGCUCACGUACUCCCGGUCCAGAGAAGAUCACCUUCAUCACCAGCUUCGGCGGCAGUGACGAGGAAGCCGCGGCAGCACCGCAAACUGCUGCUCCUCACUCUGGCCACGCCCCUUCCAACUCGCAGCACUCUGCAGGUCAUAGCAGGGGCUCCCGGAGACGAAGGUCAUCCAGCAGCCACUCCCCUUCUUCCUCCUCGCACUCCUCCUCUCGGUCCUCCUCUCGCUCAUCGUCACAUUCACGCCGACCCCGACGAGGACGCGGGGGAAGAGAUGGGCGUCGAUCCCGGAGUCGCUCGCGGUCAAGGCGGCGCUCUAGGUCCUACUCCCGAGGUAGAGGAGGGAACGGAGGAUCGUGGAGGAGACGUGACCGGUCACGCUCCAACGACAGAGACAGAGAACGCGAGAGGGACAGAGAGCGAGAACGAGACCGGGAUCGAGACAGGGAUAGGGACAGAGACAGGGAUAGGAGACGAUACUCGGCACGUAGAAGAACAAGGUCCCGCUCGAGCUCACGUCAGGGCGGCAACUCGAGGCGAGGAGGUCGGAGCAGUGGAGGACAUCGUCGUGGUGACAGCGGCAGCCACAGUCCCUCACGAACCCCUAGCCGUCCUCGCCGUAGCCCAUCCCCUGCCCACAGAGGGGCCCAGCCUGCUACCAUUGCCAUCUCUGACAAGUUAAGAAAGCCUGACACUUCGGGUGGUAAAGAGACGGGAGCUGCCAAACCCAAGAUGACCCCACAGGAACGGCUGAAGCUGAGAAUGCAGAAGGCUCUCAACAAGCAGUCCAAGGCGGAUAAGAAAGCCGCUCAGGUGAAGAUCCAGCAGCAGGAACACAAACGACAGGAGCGAGAAGGCGAACUGCGAGCCAUGGCACGCAAGAUACGCAUGAAGGAGCGCGAGCGCCGUGAGAAAGAAAGGGACGAAUGGGAAAGACAAUAUGGGCGACAGAGCCACUCGCCUUCUCCAUCCAAAUAUGGCCGAGAAUACAACUCAUACAAAAGGAGGUCGCGGUCUCGAUCGCGGAGUCCAUACUACAGAUACUGAGCAGAUGGCUGGACAGCAGUACAUCGGUUUCGAGCACAUACUAUCCAACAACAGCCUACAUACAACAUGGAAACAUGAAGAAAUGACUGCUGGCUAAUAAACCAACACACAAAUCUGCACCUGGAUGUUCUCUGGUUUCGAUCCUGUGACACCUUCAGCCCUUUUCAGACAUGGAUUGUUUUAUUCACACUGAAGGUCACACUGCUGCUUUCUGAGAACAAUUGUGAUGCCUGGCACCUGUAGCCUCAAACACUGAAGGUGUGUACUCACACUUGGCUACAGUGACUAAGAGUGGAAUCUCUGUAUGUGUGCUGCAUGGUGCUUCCCCUUACACACAAGCUCAACAUUCAGAUUCCUGCUUUUCUUUUAAAGCAGAAUUAAGUAAGAGAAGAAUCUCUAAAUAUUUCCUAAACGUAGAAACGAAUUUUCGAUCGUGUGCAGGUUUCUGUGGUUCAGGCUUUAGUGAGGCGAACACCACAAAGAUGCAGAAGGGCCAUGUGCCUGCCUGUCCUUUCUAAAGCGACUGCAUCAUUCGACCUGCUGUGAUGAAUGUGAUGCAGAAGGCUGCCGUGUUCAGGUGAAGGAUGUGUCUGAAAAGGGCUCCAGUCACUAAAUACAGUUAAUUGGUUUAAUUUCUCCUUGUAAAGACAGUCUUAUCAAAUAACUAACUCCAGUUUCUCCACUUCUGCAUGCUCUCCCUCUCCGUUUCCCUUUCUGAACACUUCCUCUCAGCACGGAGACAUUUGUAUCUACUACUAAGCAAUACCUGCAGUUUGUAUCCUCCUCGCUUCACAACCUCCUCCCACAGUUUGGCUUCUUUUUUUAAUAUGAAAACAUUAAACCAAGGAACAUUUUAAACGCCUCCUGUGUGACACGUCCAUCUGAAACCACCUCACAGAAAGCCGAUGAAGUCAAAGUCGAUGCAUUUAUUAAAGUGGCUGCUCUUUUUGUACCGUCCUCAGCCAGCUGUUGACAAAAGCAGAGAAGUCUUUGUUCUCAGUGAUGUGGAAUGUUAAAUACAAAUAAAAUUUACUUUGAGUUACUUGC